ACCAAAAAGACAAACAAAGUUCAUCGCGGAGUCGGAGUGUUUUGAUGGUUUUUCAGAAGAGAUGUGUGAUAUGUAGUGCUAUAUUCCAGAGGAGUUUGGCGACUCAGUUAAUCUUGCCGGGGUGAAUUUAAAGUGAACUCUUGAUACAAGAACCUCACCGAACGACUUCUUGUCAGACUUAGCGUCCUUUCUGGAUCAUCUGAGUGCUAGUUUGCCUCUACGCUGCCUAGUUGUGUUGUGCUGUCGAACUUGCCGAAUCGAGGUGAAAAAUGGCGGACUCAAAUGCUGCUUCGAAUCAAAUUAACCUUGCAGCUGUAAAACGCGUCGACCCGUAUGCCAGAGACAUUUUGGAGAAGGCCUCUCAAGUGGCACUGUAUUCGUUCAACGGCGAGAAGAAUGAAUGGAAAAAGACUGAAGUUGAGGGUGCCCUUUUUGUGUACAGUCGCACUGGGGAGCCGUUUCACAACAUUCUUAUUAUGAACCGCCUUAGCACUCAAAAUUUGAUGGAACCGGUAGUGCAAGGUCUGGAUAUUCAAAGACAGGAGCCUUUUCUCCUGUACCGGAACACCAAGUGCGACAUCAAUGGCAUAUGGUUCUAUGACAAGGACGAGUGUGUGAGGAUUGCAGGAGUCCUGGACAGACUGUUACGGGAAGCUCCUCUCACAAACUGCCCUCCACCGGCAUCCAAACCGGUGCCAGUUCCGCUGCACAACAAUAACAACAAUGGUACUGACAUAUUCAGCAUGCUUAGUAAAGCUCAGGAAGAUUAUUUUUCCAAGACUGUUUUAUCGCCUAACCAUGCACAUGAAGCUCGCCCUGCAGAAACUCCGCAGACAGUUUUGGACUUUUUUGCAAAGGCCAGCACUAGCUCCAACAAACCAGUGGUGACGCCGUCUCCUGCUCUAUUCAUGGCCCAACAUGCUGCUCAGAGAGUUCAGGCCCCAGAGGCGCAUGACCCUAGUUUGAGGCCCAUUCUUCAACGCUUGAAAUCUAAUCCAGUUCACAGUGUUGAGCACAUAGAGAAGCAGCAAAGAUCAGUGACGCCACAGCAGAUGGAUGUGCCACCUCAUGAACAAAAGUCUGCUCAAAAAGAACAGAAGCGAAGUGGAUUCAAACUGAAGCCUGCAAAAGAAAACGGGAAAAGCAAAGCACAGGGUGCAGGACAUGCAGCCAACAACUCUGUCUCUGCAGUGGCAAAUGGUAUCAACUUCCUGCGAAUCUCUCCAACAAAUGUUGCCGUGUCACCACAACAACCUCAAGGUGUUUUGGCUUCUCCUCGAACCCCAGGAACAACAGGCCCUAUGCAUGACUCGAGACCUGAUGUCACCCCAAAGCCAGCUCUAAUGCCUCCUGUCAUGUUCACUUCAUCACCUGCAUACGAUGCAUCUCCCCAGGCUUCACAACAUCCCGCACACAUUGUGAAUAUGGUGAAUCAGGUUUCACAGUCCCCACCGCUGAAACCAGAGCCUUUAACCAAAAAUCAACUGCUUCAGGCCUUCCAUUAUCUUUUGAAGAACGAUCCAGACUUUGUCAACACGCUUCAUGAGGCAUAUGUAAAGUCGUUUGCUGAAAUUGUCCCUUAGUUUUGUUCGCUUUCCUUGACUUGGGCCCUAGUUUGGUGUAAAUUAUUUUACUACUUGUGAUAGCCAAUCAUCUUAUUGAUUGGUAUACUCUUUUAUUGAAUGGAUCAAUGGAUUUCCUUAGGGCUUUGUACAAAAUGAAGCAACUUUAUUUCUACAUUGCCCUUUGCAAUCUUGUGGUGUUAAUUUCUGUGACUUAGCAUACCACAAUGACUCGGAUAAACCUCAUGGUUUCUUCUAAACACUUAAAAGAGAUUUUGAUUGCAAAAAUUCUCUCUUUAUUAGCUUCUAUUUCUCAAGAGAGAUAGUAGCCAUAUCUGGCCUUUCUAAUGAAGUGUGCCAUCAGUUUCUUGAAUGUUUAGCACCUUAUCGCCUUAAUGACUUCUGCUGUGGAUGUUUGUUAGCCUAUCUGAUUUUUAUAAGUUUAUGGAGUACCUGAGGGAGUGGGUAGUGAGCUGAGGCUACUUUUUAAAAGAAAAAGAAUCAUUUGUAUGACCUUUUUACCUCCCUGUAACUAUGACUCUUUGUACACCAUAACCAUGACAGUUGCUUACUGUGAAUUGGCAGGUCAUGCUUGAAUGUUACUUCACUAUACUCAGCAUCAUUUCCCCCUCUGAUAUAAUUUUAUUAUAUUUGAAGUCACUAUUUUUGGAAGAUAAUUUGUCUCUUAAUUUGUCUUUUUUCCUUUCUUUGGAAUGAAUACCUACUUGUUGUAGGUAUGUCUGAAGUUUGAUGUGAUAGCUAAAUGAAUCAUCUGGAAAUGAUCUUAUGAAGUUGGCAAGUUAAAUUUUGCAGUUUCUGUUGAAAUUGUUUAACAUUGCUGCAUUGUAAGAACAUGUGAUGUGGUUUGUUCAUGGCAUUAUAUUGAAAUGUGUUCCUUUUAUUUAAGAAGAAUUUUCAAUUGUAAUUGAAGAUAAUUUGUAACUUUCUUUGUCUGGUUCUUAAAUAGUGGCCACUGAUUCACCAUUCAAUCUGUGUUUUUUUCUCUCUCUCUCUCCUUUUUUCACUUUUUUAAAUUGAUGUGCAAUAUUGGCAUGGCAUUUCCUCUUUUAUCUGUUUUGUCUUAAUGUCUUGUUCUUUUUGAGUUGUGUAAAACAAUCUACAUCUCUGUUCUAUUUGAUUUAAACUUUGUGAGAAUCACUUGAAAUUGUUUGUGCUAGAUUGUAUGUUCAGUGUGCUUAUUAGGUUCUGAAAUUCCCCUGCAGAACAUGAAUUAUUUCAUUGUCCCUCCUGGUCUGAGACUGUUAAAUUAAAGACAGGUUUAUAGCUCACCGGGACACUCAUUUUUAAUCAAAUUGUGAGUUAUUUUCUCACUGUAGUCAUCAUUUCCAAAUUUACUUAAUAUUAUGACAUACUGUUCUCAGUCGAUUUUUAUUUUUUAUUUCUAGAUUUUGAUUGACUAGGGUAAAUAAACUGUGAAAUCUAAUAGGCAAUGUUUCUUAUUUCCAAUUUGAAUAAACUGGAGCUUUUUACUGUCUCAAUCUAAAAUAAUGUAAUUGAAUUAAUUUUGUGUUGGCUAUUGGCAAGUGAGGCAAUAUAAAAUGCCUGCCAACCUCCUGAGAAUCACUCAUGUGAAAAAAAAAAUUACUUGUUCAAUCUUGAAAUUGUUUGCCUCUCAUCAGUACAUUGUAGAUGAUGUUUUGUUUUAGUGAACUUUAGAUGCAUAUAGUCAAAGUUUAUUUUGUAGAAAGAAGAAACCCUUAUAAUUAUGUUCUCUUUUAGAGAAUAUUUUGUUUGUGCCAAUUGGAGCAUGUAUUUAGCAUUGGUGAACAAGUAGGGAACAUCCCAAUAGCAUUGUGAGAUUUGGUUUUGAGGAUCUUAUUUUUUAAGAAAAGGCAAUAACGUUCAGAGUGCUUAAGACCUUUGCAUUGAGACAGCCAUCAGUGUCAUGUUGCUGGAUAGUCUUUAUCCAACCCACCGUCAGUUACUAUUGUUGUUGCACCUCAGGUUUAGGGGAUCCAUUACAUACUGUAAAGAAGGAUGCUGUUAUUCUAGAACAAUAAAUGCUGGCAGGCAAGGAAGUA